AUCGCCUUCAGUUUUGUACGAAAAGUGCGCCACAACGAACGAGUGCUUUGCAGUGCUUCCACGGAAAUUCGCAUUUAUUGCCAAAAAAAAUAAAUAAAAAAUAUUUUUUCCUCAAUUUAGUUCCGACGCGGGGGUGAUUUUAUUUUAAGAGUGUGAAGUGACCCCAAAAAAUCAUUUUGGGAUUUUGGAAUAAUUCACCCGUAGCUACGGGCUGUGUGUAGCCUAUUAAUUUCUUUUAUCGAUUGGUCCCGAUAAGUACGCCGUUUUUUUGGAGAUUCUCUGGCAUUCUUCCAAAAUCACGAAAUUUGCAUAAAUCUUCCACGCAAAAUCCCUACAAUCAUGAAGUUGAUUACAUCAAUAUUCCUAAUCGUAUCGGUGACGACAGUCUGUGUAACAGCAGUACCAGCCCGCUACAAUCCAGAUGACGAUGCUGAGGUGGUUGUUGUUCCCCUUGAGAAACAAUAUCCCCCACAGAAGGGUGGUGAUGGUGCUGAACCAGAUUUUGGGAACUUUGACGGUGUCAUAGAAGAAGACAUCCCCGGGGGUUUCUUCACUAUCUUCCGCCCCUUCAGCUUUGACUUUGGAAGUUUCUUCAGUAAUUUCGAAGAGACGCUGAGACAAUUUAGGGAGCAAGUUGCAAACUCUUGGGGCAAUGGAUCAAGCUUUGGUGGAGCAGAUGGUGAUGAGUCCGAUGAACCGAAAGGCAAUACAACGUCAACUGUUCAGAUCAUUGAUGGACACAAAGUGAUUGUAAAUGAGACGACGUACGUGAAGAAAUCCGAUUUUGGCACUUCAAUCAUUAAGCACAGAACCGUUGAUGUCCAACCCCUGGAUGAUGCGGAACCAGAAGGAACAACAAUCAACCCCAAGGGUGAAUCAACCACAAAGAGAGACACAGAGAUUGAAAAGGAUGUUGAAUCGUCAGAAAUUGAUACGGAUGACAAUGAAAUUAGUCCCGGAAUUGACUUGGGCCCAGAUCCGCAGAGCAGUGAGAAAGAUGAGAACAAUGAAUUGCACGAUCUGGUAAACCCACAGACCCCCCUAAGAGCACAUUUUGAGAACUUCGGAUCACAUGAGUCAUCCUCAUCUGCACAUAAAUCACAUCAAAUUAAAUCCUGGCCAGAUAGAUCACCAUUCCGUGGGCACUUUAAUUUUUUCCCCAAAUUCAGUAGAAAUGAUUUUGACAAGGACUACGUUGAACCCCAACCCAUUGAUCUGUCUGACGAUAUUGCAAUUAAUGAAAUGCUAGCAGAUCAGGGGGUUGCAGCCUCAAAUACCGACGUUGAGGUCUUUACGGUUGACAAUGCAGAAGAUAGGAGUUUUCCAAGUAGAUACCGCUGGGAGUAUGAUCCGAUAAAGUAGUACUGGUAGCACUACAACUAAGUUAACCAAAGACCUAUAAAGACCUAAAUUAUAAACCUACAUCCUACUUGACUUCAAUUUUUUUUAAAAAAAAAGUAUUUAUCGUUAAUUUUAAGAUUUUACACGCUUGAUGGAUCACUGAAAAAAUGGAGCUUUAAAAAAAGUCAAUUUAAACUUAAAGCUCUAAUAAAUUUUUAGGUCUAAACCUCAAGUGUGUACAACAUAGCAUAAGUUUAUUUAUAACUGUUAAUUAACUUAUUUCCUUGUUAGAAAAUUUUUAUAAGAAAAAGAAAAUUCUUUUGGUAAAAUCUUUCCUAAAAUUGUCUUCAAAAGUAUUUUUUUAAUAAAUUAUUUUGUUUGAUAAAACAAAACGAUUUUUGGAGGUUCUUUAUUGAGUUUAACCGUUUAACCCAGAUUUCCCACACUCGAAAAAUUUUCUUAAUUUUCUCUGAGGACAUUAAGAAUUAAAUUUUUACGAAAGUUAAAUGGAUUCGGUUUAAGGGAGAAUUUUAGGACUUCUUGAAAAAUUUUGUUGAAAGUUGACAUUUCUAGACAAUUUUGAGGUUAAUUUCGUGAAAAUUCCUGAACACACCUGGGUUAAGAAAGGAUUUAACCCGGAUAUGCUCUUUUAAUUUGACUUUAAUAUAAAAAUUUCUAAAUAUCUAUUGGAAAAUUAGGUAAAAAAUUGAAAAAAAUCAGAAUUCUUAAACAGAACAAAACUUGGGAAUUUCAAAAAAAUUAAAGUGAUUGUCAAACUAAUUUUGAAGCAAAAGAAUUAUUUUUAUAAUGGCCGAAUAUUUAUUUAAAAGUAUUUUCAUUUAAAGAAAAAAAUUUUAUUAUUCAAAAAAUAUUUGAAUUUUUUCAAUUUUGACCAACAUGUUUCUGUAGUUUCUAAAAUUAUUUGAUAAAUCCUUAGAUAUAUCAAGGUUGAUUAUUGCCAAAUUGUGAUUAGCGAAAUUAGGUAUUUUUCACAACAUUGCUCUUUUAAAUUUUUAUUUUUUUCUGUUUAUUAUACUGUGAAAACAUACAAAAAAAGAAUAGAAAAGUUUCAAAUCAGAAAUAUGUUUUUCAAGAUAAUUAAUCAACAAUUUUUUUUUCAUUUAACUGAAAUUAUUUUUAAAAAAAAUCAUUUUUUUUAAAACAUCGUUUUUCAUCUUUAAAAAUUGUUUGAAUUUUUUUUAAGUAAGAGAUUGAAAUU